CCUUCAACGUCAUUAAUAUCUCGUCGUCAGGAUUAAGAAACCCUGAUCAUCCUUUCACAGUGAAGAGAGCGAAAAUCACCCGACAUUCGUUCAUUCAUUCAUAGCCACUGACUGAUCGUUCCCAUUUCACCAAUUUGUUCUCCUCCAAUUCCAUUACCCUCGAUAAUAAUCGACGAUUAUGGAAGAAUCCGGUACAGUUGAAGCAGGUGCACCGCAACAAUCUCCAUUCCCGUCCGACUCAGUUCCAACUGUUGUUACCCCUCCUAUUCCGGUAGAAAACUCCAAUACUUUUCAGCCUCAACCAGAUAUUCAUCCUCCAUCUGUUUUACCGGACUUAGUUCCGAUUCCAAGUGCGGCUCCAGCUCCGAUUCCGUCUCCUAAUCUCUCUGAUCAUACUCAAAUCUUCGUGUACAAAAAUCAUUUGCACGAGUACACUCAAAAGGCAAAGAUUGCAGUACCAGUAUACCAGACUAUUGAUGAAGGGUCCCCAAGUCUGCCUAAAUACAGGUCAACUGUGAUGGUUGAUGAGGUACAUUAUGUGUCUCCUAAUACCUUCCGUAAUCGAAGGGCGGCUGAGCAAGAUGCUGCGAGAGUUGCCUUUGAGUACAUAUCAAAAAAGACAAAGGAUGAUGCCUUUCUUCUUCUACGUGAGGAUUUGAUGUUAUGCAAGUCCAUUUUGUCUGAAUAUACUGACAAAAUGGGUUUGGAAAGACCUAUAUACACAACUAAACACAAUCAAGGCUCGGUUGCAUUCUUCCAAUCCACCUUGGUUUUUGAUGGUGUGGUUUAUACUAGUGAUCUUGGUAGGACUAAGAAAGAGGCAGAGCAAUUGGCAGCACGUGCAGCUAUUCUUUCACUUCAUGAAGAUGCAACGAAUCCUAAAUCACAAAAAGCUCUUGGGGACAUCAUUGCAUCUAAAGUCAGAUUCCAUGCAAUGUUGCAAAAGGUUAAAGAUUCAAAUUUUUCUCAAUUUCAACCGAAAUCCAUGCCUGAAAAUACAGUGGAACGUGUUGCAAUGACAGUUAAUGAAGGUAAAGAACUUAAAGAUGCUGUUUUAGACGGUGGAAUGGUAUGUGGUGCAAUUUCAGAGGCUUGUCCAACUUCUCAAUUUCAACCUGAAUUUAGUGCAACAAAACCGGAUGGAUCAUCCCCUCUAAUGAGACUGCCAAUAGAAUUUGUGCGUUCAACUUUAGAGGAGCCUGUUGGCUAUCACGCAACAAUUGGGUCUAAAAGGAAAUCUAAGAACAAGAGAAAGGCACGUAAGAAACUGUGUAUGGAGAACCGGGUGGCUACCGAAACAAGUCAAACUGCUGCUCCUUGCUCCGUAGCUCGAUGACUGUGAAGUGACCUGUACUAUAAGUACUCAUCUGCCUCAAAGGGGUUGGAAAUGAUAUCACAUUGGGCUUUUUGGUCUUUUUGGUGGGAGAAGUGAUUUUGGCAUUAGAAGAGUUUGCAAUUGCUUUGGGAAAGUCAAAUGAUAGGUCCACUAGAAGAAAGGUUGUUGUAAUUGCUUUCACAAAAACUAAGCAUGUUUCUGGUGCAGCUCUAGGUCUAGAAGUCUGUUUUUAUUAGAUUUGGGAAGCUUUAGAAGCGAAGCCAAGAAAUGUUGGUUUGGGAAGGAUUUUGUUGUAUUCUAGUAAUGGUUGGAUUUUAGGUUAUCUUAAACUUUGUUGACGGUUUGGUCUAUUUCGUUUUUGAAAAUUUUAUAAACAUUCCUUCUCCAUUUAAUUUUC